UCACCUCUCGGCCGCCGAGCCUCCAACUCCAGCCUCAGCUCACCUUUCCCGACCACGCUCUGCGCACGCGCGGCGCCCGCCUCCGCCCCGGCCUCGCGCACCGGCGCUCCGCGUCGCCGGCAGCCGAACGUGCGUUCAGCGCGCGCUUUUCCUCCCAGCGCGGCCACCGUCGUUUGAGGCGGAAAGGCGGGAGGGGGCGGGGAAAAGGGUGGGAGGUGGAGGCGAGCGCGCACCGCCCGGCCGUCGUGGUUUCCUGGCUGCGCGCGGUGGUGGCGGAGCAGCUGCAGCUGGAGCAGCAGCCGCGAACAUGGCGGAGGGGUUGGAGCGUGUCCGGAUCUCGGCGUCGGAACUACGAGGGAUCCUGGCCACGCUGACUCCGCAGGCCGGGAGCAGAGAAAACAUGAAGGAGCCCAGACAACGUAAAGAUAAUAGACGCCCAGAUCUGGAAAUAUAUAAGCCUGGUCUUUCUCGACUGCGGAACAAAAUUAAAAUCAAGGAACCCUCUGGGAGUGAUGAAUGUAAAGAUGAAAUUGUUAAUGACCGAGAAUCUUCUGUUGUUGGAAAUGGUACACAGCUCAUUAAAGAUGUUUGUAAGGAUUUAAACAACCAACAGCAAAAUGGUCCCGUAGAACCAGAAAACCUUCGGGUACAGGAUUCCUUUCCUAGGACUGCUGGACAAGAGGAUCGAAGUCUAAGAAUUAUCAAGAGAACAAAGAAACCUGACAUGCAGAUAUAUCAGCCUGGAAGGCGUUUGCAGACUAUUACCAAAGAAAUAAAUAACCGGGUAGAUGAGGAAGAAAUCCUUAACCAGGUUGAACAACUGAGAGUGGAGGAAAAUGAGAGUAGGGUAAAUAUGAAAGAGGACGCUGUGAGUAAACCAGACAAAGAUGAGACAGAAAAGAACCCAGACAAUGACAGAGUAAGGCUUGCUAUAAAGGGAGAAAAAGGAAAGAGGAUUGAAAAGGGGGGGGAGGGGGUAAAGAAAGUGACUGAUGACCCUGCACAGGGAAAACCUGGUUCUGCAAAGCGCUAUUCCCGCUCAGACAAACGAAGGAACCGGUACCGCACUUGCAGUACCAGUUCAGCUGGGAGCAACAACAGUGCUGAAGGGGCUGGCAUGACUGAUAAUGGAUGUCGCCGCCGCCGUCAGGAUCGAACGAAGGAGAGACCCCGGCUGAAGAAACAAGUAUCUAUGUCUUCAACGGACUCUUUAGAUGAGGACAGAAUUGAUGAGCCUGAUGGGCUCAGGAGGAGUUCAGAAAGGAAGAAACCUUUAGAAAGAAGUUGGUCUGGCCGAGGGGAGGGAGAGCAGAAAGGCAAUGGUAAAGAAAACCGAGGCACUCUUCGUGUCACUUUUGAUGCAGAAACCAUGAACAAAGAUUCUACCACAAUCCGAUCAGUAAGAGAAGUUGUGGAGAGGAUAAAGCCUGAUAAAGCCAUGAGCGUUGCUGGCAAAAGCUCUGAGAAGCAGGAGAGCAAAAACCUGAAACAAGAGCUUCGGGGUCGUGGCCGUGGCAUUUUGAUUCUGCCUGCCCAUACCACUCUAUCUGUUAAUUCAGCUGGUUCUCCAGAAUCUACAUCCUUGGGACCUCGGCUUUUAUUUGGAUCUGGUAGUAAAGGAUCUCGGAGUUGGGGUCGUGGUGGCACCACACGACGAUUAUGGGACCCUAACAAUCCUGAUCAGAAACCUGCUCUAAAGAGCCAGACACCUCAGCUACAUUUCUUGGACACUGAUGAUGAAGUGAGCCCUACAUCUUGGGGGGAUUCACGCCAGGCUCAGGCAUCUUACUAUAAGUUUCAGAACUCUGACAACCCUUAUUAUUAUCCCCGAACACCAGGCCCUGCCUCCCAGUAUCCUUAUACAGGCUAUAGUCCUCUACAGUAUCCAGUCGGUCCUACGAAUGGCGUGUUCCCGGGACCUUACUACCCAGGCUAUCCAGCUCCAUCAGGACAGUAUGUUUGUAGUCCACUUCCUGCCAGCUCUUUGAGUCCCGAGGAGAUGGAGCAACACAUGAGGAACAUGCAGCAACAAGAGCUACACAGGCUUCUCCGGGUGGCUGACAACCAGGAACUACAACUCAGUAACCUGCUCUCCAGGGACCGCAUCAGUCCUGAAGGCCUGGAGAAGAUGGCUCAGCUCAGAGCUGAACUACUGCAGCUAUAUGAGCGCUGUAUUCUAUUAGAUAUUGAAUUCUCUGAUAAUCAGAAUGUGGAUCAGAUCCUGUGGAAGAAUGCUUUCUAUCAGGUGAUUGAGAAGUUCAGACAGCUCCUCAAGGAUCCAAAUGUUGAGAACCCAGAACAGAUACGGAACAGACUUUUGGAGCUCUUGGAUGAGGGUAGUGACUUCUUUGAUAGUUUGCUUCAGAAGCUGCAGGUUACUUACAAGUUCAAACUGGAAGACUACAUGGAUGGUCUUGCCAUUCGUAGCAAGCCGUUACGCAAGACAGUAAAAUAUGCCUUGAUAAGUGCCCAGCGAUGUAUGAUUUGCCAAGGAGAUAUUGCUAGGUAUCGCGAGCAAGCCAACGACACAGCAAACUAUGGGAAAGCACGCAGUUGGUACCUGAAAGCCCAGCAUAUUGCUCCCAAGAAUGGGCGGCCCUAUAACCAGUUGGCUCUGUUGGCAGUAUAUACGAGAAGAAAGCUUGAUGCUGUGUAUUACUAUAUGCGCAGUUUAGCAGCCAGCAACCCUAUCUUGACUGCCAAGGAGAGUCUCAUGAGCUUGUUUGAAGAGACCAAACGAAAGGCAGAACAGAUGGAAAAGAAGCAACAUGAGGAAAUGGAAUUGAACUCUGACCAGUGGCGGAAAGGAAAGAGGUCUACUUUCCGACAUGUUGGAGAGGAUACCACCCGUCUGGAGAUCUGGAUUCAUCCAUCCCAUCCCCGCUCCUCCCAAGGCACUGAAUCUGGGAAGGAUUCUGAACAGGAGAAUGGGCUGGGUAGCCUCAGUCCCAGUGAGCUGAACAAAAGGUUCAUCCUCAGUUUUCUCCAUGCCCAUGGGAAGCUGUUUACCCGGAUUGGGAUGGAGACAUUUCCUGCAGUGGCUGAGAAGGUCCUCAAGGAGUUCCAGGUAUUGCUGCAACAUAGUCCCUCUCCUAUCGGAAGUACUCGCAUGCUGCAGCUUAUGACUAUCAACAUGUUUGCUGUACACAACUCUCAGUUGAAAGACUGCUUCUCCGAGGAGUGUCGCUCUGUGAUCCAGGAGCAAGCUGCAGCCCUGGGCUUGGCCAUGUUUUCUCUCCUGGUGCGGCGCUGCACCUACCUACUUAAGGAGUCUGCCAAAGCUCAGCUGUCCUCUCCUGAGGACGAGGAUGACCAAGAUGACAUCAAGGUAUCUUCCUUUGUCCCGGACCUGAAGGAACUGCUCCCCAGUGUGAAAGUUUGGUCAGAUUGGAUGCUCGGCUACCCGGAUACCUGGAAUCCUCCGCCCACAGCCCUGGAUCUGCCCCCACAGGUUGCCGUGGAUGUGUGGUCAAUGCUGGCCGAUUUCUGUAACAUACUGACUGCCGUGAAUCAGUCUGAGGUGCCACUGUACAAGGACUCGGAUGAUGACCUCACCCUUCUUACUCUGGAAGAGGAUCGGCUUCUCUCUGGCUUUGUCCCCUUGCUGGCUGCCCCUCAGGACCCCUGCUACGUGGAGAAAACCUCGGAUAAGGUUAUUGCAGCCGACUGCAAAAGGGUCACAGUGCUGAAGUAUUUUCUGGAAGCCCUUUGUGGACAAGAAGAGCCUCUGCUGGCAUUCAAGGGUGGAAAAUAUGUGUCAGUGGCACCCGUCCCAGACACCAUGGGAAAGGAAAUGGGAAGCCAAGAGGGAAAACAACUGGAAGAUGAGGAAGAAGAUGUGGUGAUUGAAGACUUUGAAGAAGAUUCAGAGGCUGAAGGCAGUGGUGGUGAGGAUGAUAUCAGGGAACUUCGGGCCAAGAAGCUGGCUUUGGCCAGGAAGAUAGCUGAGCAGCAACGCCGUCAAGAAAAGAUCCAGGCUGUCCUGGAGGACCAGAGUCAGAUGAGGCAGAUGGAGUUGGAGAUCAGACCCCUGUUCCUCGUACCAGACACCAACGGCUUCAUCGACCACCUGGCCAGUCUGGCACGGCUGCUGGAGAGCAGGAAGUACAUCCUGGUGGUGCCCCUUAUCGUGAUCAAUGAGCUGGACGGCCUGGCCAAGGGACAGGAGACAGACCACCGUGCUGGGGGCUAUGCCCGUGUGGUCCAGGAAAAGGCCCGGAAAUCCAUCGAAUUCCUCGAGCGGCGAUUUGAGAGUCGAGACUCUUGCCUCCGGGCUCUGACCAGCCGUGGCAACGAACUUGAAUCCAUUGCCUUCCGCAGCGAGGACAUCACUGGCCAGCUGGGUAACAACGAUGACCUGAUCCUCUCCUGCUGCCUCCACUACUGCAAAGACAAGGCUAAGGACUUUAUGCCCACCAACAAAGAGGAGCCGAUCCGGCUGCUGCGGGAGGUGGUGCUGUUAACCGAUGACCGUAACCUGCGGGUGAAGGCGCUGACGAGAAAUGUGCCUGUGCGAGACAUCCCGGCCUUCCUCACGUGGGCCCAGGUGGGCUGAGGGGGCCACACCAGGGCCCACCCCUGUGGAACCGUUCCUGAGAGGCCACCAGGCGACUAGUGUAGCACAGAAGAUGCCCACAUGCCUGAGCCACCAAUCCACCCAGAAAAUAAACCAUCCUCUUCCAACCCACGCCGUGGCCAUGCUGUGGGGGAGCUGCUCCUCACAGAGCCCCUCCCAAGGGUCGGGCGGAAGCUGCUGGGAUCCUCCUGGGCUGCCAGGAUUUAGCAGGGAGGUGGCUGGCUGCGGUGGAAGCAGGUGGGCCAGCCACACGGGCCGCCCCUGCUCUCGGCCUUGCUCCCUCCUCCUGUCUAGUUCCAGAGCUGGGGAAAGGACUCCUCCGCCAGGGCUCAGCCACUGCUCAGGUGGAGAAGGGGCUUUGGGCUUCAGGUUUCCAUCAGGUGCAGGUGAAAUCACAGGUCCCUUUCACUGUUUCCGGAUGCCCCGUCCUGAGUGUGUCCAAGAGGCUUUGGCCAUGCCAUGAGAGAGUACCCAGGACUGUCUCUCCUGAGCUCCAGUUCUCCCAGGGGUCUCUGCUGCGUUCUGGACACCCCGUCCUAAACAGCAGCCCUGGUCCCCCACCUCUCCUACUGUACCUUGACCUCAGACACACACAGACACACAUACACACAUAGACACACACACAGACACAGACACACACACACACCGCUGCUUUUCCCCCUGCCCGUAUCAGCGUGGAUCUGUGUUGCCCUCAGCCAGUCAUGAGUCUGGGGGAAAGGGGAUCUAAGUGGGGCCCAUGCUCCUGGGCGGCCUUUACCUGCUCCCUAACUCUCACUCUUCCUUUGGCUCUAGUUUCACCUUCACAAAGUUUCAUCAUUCUCUGUCAGUUCUCUCUCCUGUCCUACCCUUCUCCCCCCCUAAAAUCUGCCCCCCCACCCUCCUUCCUGUUCUGGUCAUCUAGUUAUUGUGGUCUCCUCAGUUUCCUCCCUUCAGUCCCUUGCCAGAGGGAUUCUCACACCGAGUCCCCCUCCUGUACCCAUGGCAAGUACCUAAUAAAGCUCUUCUACAAACCCCGGCCUUGCACAGGCCUCAGUGGCCCUAGAAAUGUCCAGAAUUGUACCGCCCAGCCUGAAGGGAGGAUGGGCCAUGCCUGGGAAGAGCUCUGUCUAGCCUGGGGUCUUCACCAUUUCUAGCUCUGCCUAGAAAAGCUUGACACGGGGCCCGUUGCCUCUUCAGCUGGCACCUGUGUUCAGAGCCUUCCUCAGAGGUUUCUUGCUGGGGAACUUGGGGUCAGACAGUACAUUUGAGGAGCAGCCAGAGCCAGUCUUAGUGGGACCAGUGGGGGGAAUCCCCCCGAGCCUUCUGUCUUGACUGUAGACUGUACAUCCCCUGCCCACAGGAUGGCAGCAUGGCCCAGCUAUGCCCGAAAGAGGAGGGACUGUGCCAGAGCACCAAGGCCAAUGGUUUGGGUUCUGAAUCCUCCCAGGGCCUCAGAAUGAGCUGUUUGGGGCACAAGGUCUCCAGCCUCGCCUGUCCCACAGAUGAAAACGGGUGGGUGGGCGGGA